CAGAUUAUCAUGGUGGCACUUUCUGACUGUGGAAGCUGGGGAAGUUGUGAAAUGAACAACAUAGUAAAGUUUUAAUGACAGAAAUGGGUCGUUGAGAGCGGCAAUUUAAUAAGUUUGAAACUCUUCACAGAGAGUAUAUAAUACAGAAACGACAGGAAGAACAUGACAGCCAACGAGGAUCAAGAGAUGGAGCUGGAAGCUCUUCGCUCCAUCUAUGAGGGUGAUGAAUGUUUCAAGGAAGUCAGUCCAGUUUCCUUCCAAUUUAGGAUAGGAGAACUUGAGGACACCAAAGCAUUCAUCCUGGACUUCACAUGGCCAGAGACGUACCCAGAGACAGCGCCACAGAUCUCCCUCGAUGCCUUUUUCAACAACAGGAUCUCUGCAGAGACGAAGCAGCUGAUCCUGUCAAAGCUGGAGGAGCAGGUGGAAACUAACCUGGGUACUGCAAUGAUGUACACUCUGUUUGAGUGGGCAAAGGAGAACCAGGAGACUCUCAUGGAAAACCAUAAGCCUGUAGUGACUGCUGUGACGUUGACAUCGACCAGUGAGGUGACCACUCCCACGUCAACGGCAAAGAAGAAGGAGAAGAAGGAGCAGCUGACUAAAGCCCAGAAGAGGAGGAUAAUCAACAGAACAGAUAACAAGGGAGAACUACCAAGAGGAUGGAACUGGGUUGAUGUCAUCAAGCAUCUGAGUAAAACAGGAGGGAAGGACGACGACUAGACCUGGGAGCAAACGAUCUGCUUCAUGCAAAAGCUGCAGAAAAGUGUGAUCUUCCUGCAGCCCGCCGACGCUGCUGCUCCCGUCUAGAUGCCUCCACAUUCAACGUCAGCUUCAUGUUACGCUCAACAUGGCUGCUUCCACCCUGAGAACCAAAGCAGGCUGGGGUAAACGGUAAACACACUCUCCUAGCCAAACCGUGAUUUUGAGCUGGGAGCUAUAUUAGAAGCCCUCGCUGUGUUUUUUAUUGUUUGUGGUGUUUCGUGCGCCGCAACCAGCUGAAGGGGGAGCACACCAUCGGGUUUUUUUUGUCGGUUCAAUUAGCGCUCAAAUAUCCCGCUCCGUCAUCCAACAGGGUGAAGUGUGCUCGAGAUAGACUUACCCGCUGCCACUGCCAUGUUUUCAGUCUGUGAGGUUAGGCCCAGCUGCCAGGCACUGGAGCAAACAGCGUUGGAUUGUGCUUCUAAAUUGGAAGUGUUGACGCGUCAAGUAGCAUCCUGCUGUUACUUUAGGAUACCAUGUGACUUUGUGAAAGCAGAGAAAUUUUUAAUAACACACAAAAUGUUAUUUCUUUCAUCAUUUUCUUAUUUUGAUAAGUGUUCCUUUUCCCCCUAUCAAUUAAACAUUUUAUAUAUAAAUAAAAUGGUCCACUGGUUGUCUAAAAA